AUGAGCGAUUCAGGUGCAAGUAGCAGCGAGAAUACGCAGGGGACGGGAACCAGGGCACCUUUAGUCGAAGGCGCGAUGCAGAACCUGAACCUCAACGGAUCGGCGUCCAACGGCGAAGACAACACCAUGGAGGUCGACGAUGACGCUUCGACGAUGACGUUCGAGGGAAUGACGGAGAUCUGUCGGACAACAUCAGAGUCCUUGAAAACCCUGACCCAAACGAUGGGCCAACAAUACCUCAUACAGUCGAAACCCAAUGCAACUCCCGAGUCUGUCGCUCUGUUCAAGAAGACGGCUGCGGAGGUGGAGAAGGCGAAGACUGAAUUGAAGAUGUGGUCCAGCAUGUUGGAAAACAUGCAGUUGUCAGGAAGGAUCGAGUAUGAAUGCGAAAGGAGAGUCGAAUCCCAGAGCAGUCUGUCCAGAGAGGUCAAAAGGUCCGGAGAUGACGAUUCCGUGUCUCUUGCUCCCGAAUGUCCACGAUUCCACAGGCCAGUGGAAUUGCCGCACACGUUGCCAAAGCUGGGCGCUAAGGUAACAGGUCCUCUGAUCACUAAUGUCCGAGAGUUUUUGUUCAAAUUCAAAAGCCAUGGUGAGACGAGCAAAGGGCUCAAGAAGUUCAACCUACUGUGUAUGCGAAUGUUGAAGUUGGCGAACAUGGAUGAAAAAGUUGACACUGCAUUCGAAGCGGCAAUCCGAGCGAAGCCUGACGCAAGCUGGGAUUGGACACUGUGCGAGGAGACGUUUGUCAACUGUGCGUUGACACCCAUGGAGAAGUCGAUUGAGGUGGAGAAUUUUGCCAGAGAAGGCAAAGAGAAGGGCGAGGCUUACGAUGAGUACUCGCUACGACUCCGGAGAACCGCCGACGUCUACAAGAUCCAUGAAUUGCCGAAGUGUGCUGAUGUCACGCAGACAUUGCGCAUGUCGGUGCCGUCGAUGGCGCUGACAAUGAUGACGGUCGCCUACAAGCUGGACCUAGUCAUGGAUCGAAUUGGGAUGGAAAAACCCGAUGACACCACACUGGACUUUUUCAUCAAGUCUAUGUCUUUCAUGCAUGGACCCGAUGAUUCUGCACAGUGGAAGGCGAUGAUCGAAGCUGGGAAGAAGGCGAGGCUGUUGAAAGAGACCAGACAGCAGGAUGCGCGAGACGCAGCAUCGAAGAUUGGUCAGAAGAAGGGAACUUCUAAUGGCAAUGGCACCGCUGUAAAGCAAGAGCAUGCUGCAGUGGAGGGAGCACCCAGUCAGGUCAGCCACAGAGGUGGAUUCCGUGGAGGACACUAUGGAGGAGCCUUUGGUGGCAGGGGAGGAGCCUUUGGUGGCAGGGGAGGAUUCCGAUUCCGUGGUCGUGGCAACCAUGGGAAAUCACCCUACCCGAGUCCAGCUACCCAGUCAGGUGCCCAGCAGCAGGGUCGAUAG